GUGAGGUGGCGGGAGCGGUAGCCAUGGCGGCGCCAGAGGAGAGAGAAUCGCAGGUUGCGGCGUGGUUGAAAAAGAUAUUCGGAGACCAUCCCAUUCCACAGUAUGAGGUGAAUCCACGGACGACAGAAAUUUUGUAUCACCUUUCAGAACGCAACAGGGUCCGAGACAGGGACAUCUGCCUGGUAAUAGAGGAUUUAAAACAGAAAGCAAAUGAGUAUGAGUCAGAAGCCAAACAUCUUCAGGACUUUCUCAUGGAGAGUGUGAAUUUCUCCCCUGCCACUCUGUCUAACACUGGUUCCAGGUUUCUAAAUGCAUUGGUUGACAGUGCAAUAGCCUUGGAAACAAAAGAUACUUCACUAGCAAGUUUUAUUCCUACAGUGAACGAUUUGACUUCUGACCUUUUUCAUACCAAAUCCAAAAGUGAAGAAAUUAAUCUUGAAUUGGGAAAACUUGGAAAAAAUCUGACUGCAACAUUAGUGUUAGAAAAAUGUCUACGAGAAGAUCUCAAGAAGGCAGAGCUGCAUCUGUCUGCAGAGAGGACCAAAGUUGACAGUCGUCUUGAGAACAUGGACUUCCUGAAAGCAAAAGCAGCGGAGUUCAGGUUUGGAAUCAAAGCUGCACAGGAGCAGCUCUUAGCCAGAGGCAUGGAUAUGUCUCUGUCCCAUCGGUCACUAGUGGCACUUUCAGAGAAACUCAUGGAACUAAAACAGCAGACUUUACCCCUGAAGAAGAAAUUGGAGUCCUAUUUAGAUUUAAUGCCGAAUCCAUCUCUUGCUCAAGUGAAAAUUGAAGAGGCAAAGAGAGAAUUAGAUGCCAUCGAAGCUGAACUUACAAAGAAAGUAGACAUGAUGGAACUGUGACAGCCAAGUAGACAUCCAUCCUUUCCCUAGAAGUAAAUGACUGCUCUUAGAGGACAUAGAAAUGUCCUUCUUGAUAAAAUAACAGGUUUGGUCAUGCAUUUAAAUGUUUUGGCCUGAAUACAGUUUUUAUAGGAAAAAACAUUUUGUGUUACCUGUUAUUUACUGUGUACCUGACAGUUAAGAAUCUUUCAAAAAUUGGGGAGGGGCUGUAGAGAUGGCUCAACAGUUUAGAGCACUUGUUGAUCUUGUAGAAGACCUGGGUUUGAUUCUCAGCACCCAUAUGGUGACUCAAACCAUCCAUAAGUCUAGUUUUAGGAAUCUGACAUCUGGCAUCUGCAGGCACCAGGCACACAUGUGGUUCACAGACAUACAUGCAGGCAAAAUACUCAUUUACAUUUUAAAAAAGGAAUCCUUCAGUAUUCUCCUUAGGUGACCAUCGUGACAGUUCUCACCGUCUAGAUCAGUGGACAUCUGCCUGCUUCCUUCUCUAGGGCUUUGCCUCCAUUCCUGAGUAACUCACACUGGCCAGUCUCCAAAUGUUAAUAUGUUUAGUUUAUGGAAAAAAUUAGACCUUUAAGCCAGUGCUGGAAAGAGGAAUAAUAUAGCUUAUGGUGCUAAAUUCAUAUUUCAUGCCUUUUAUUAGGAUAAUCAAAAGGCUCAAAGACCAAUAUAAAAAACUUAAAAAGAUCUUGGAGUGUAACUCAGUUGAUAGGAUGCUUGCCUGGCAUACAUGAAGCUCUGUUCAGCCUCCAGCCCAGUGUGGUGUGCGUGUCUGUGCUGGUUUUUGUCAACU